AUGACCCGUAGCCAGUCGGGAGAUCUACUACCACUAGACCAGGAGCUUGAACGAACCUGCAGAAACUUCAAGCGGGCUCUAAAGGCGCGACUGGCUGCGGAGGAGGCGCUAUCACAGCUGCAGUUAGAAGAAGAGGAAGAAGAGAUGGCUGAUCCACAGGGCCAUGCUGUGAUCGAUCCCGAGGAGCAGACCAUGGGACAUUACUGGACCGCCAGGGCUGCAGACAUGAGGUCACCCAUUCAACACCCUCAUGUCCCAGCCAAUAAUUUUGAGGUGAGCACCUUAGUAAUCACCAUGCUGCGCGGUUCGGUGAUGUUCCGUGGCAAAGAGGGGGAGUGCCCCCGAUCACAUCUCAGGCGAUUCCACGAGCUCAUUGAUGGAAUCAAGAUCAAUGGGGUACCCGCAGAUGCCAUCCAGCUAAGAUACUUCCCAUUCACCCUGGAGGGGCAAGCCAAGGAGUGGCUAGAUACUCGACCUCCGGGCUCUAUCACCACGUUCGCCAACCUGGCGGAAAAGUUCCUCACCCGCUACCAUCCUCCAUCCAAGACGGCGGAUUUGCAGAAGCAGAUCAUUCACUUCACCCAGGACGAAGAUGAGACCAUCAGGGAUGCUUGGGAGAGAUACACCAGUCUUUUCCUCAGGUGUCCCAAUCAUGGUUUCAAUGAUGCGUUCAAGGUGGGCACCUUCUAUCACGCCCUUUUCCCGUAG